CCUUGACUCAUCCAGGGGACGUCCCCUGGUUGUCCAGCACAAGUUUUUUCUGCAACAUUUUCUUUUCUUACAACUGCGGUGUAUUGUCACAUGGAGACCGCAGAUCGACGUCCAAGCUAAACAAUCUCCUCAAGGAGCCAAAUGAUUUUUUUUCCACCAUUUCCCAGGCGUUAUUUCUUUGUUUACAUGAGUACAGCCCAAACUUGCUGUUCUUUCUCCCCACCGACUUGGUGAUCUGUGGCCGUCAUACACACGAAAUCGUGCGUGAUGAGCACCCUGCACCAGCAGCAUCAUGGGAGUGCAGGCUCAGAGCGGGACCUCAACUCAGCAGCCUCCUCAGUCAGCCUGCCCUCAGUCAGGAAGACCCCCAAAAAGCGCCGCCUCUCCCUCCAAGCGCUCUUCGGCAGGCGACGUCGGGCCGACCGUGAGCCCAAGCGCAAGUCCAGAGCUGCGCCCGGCGGAUCCGGGCCGGACGGUUUGGUCAGCAUGGACAAUGUCCCAUCGGAGACUUUGGCGGAUAGAACGUCAGCUCACUCGGUCCCGGGGGCCGUGUCGGCGUUCUCGGUGGUGGGGUCCACGUCGUCAGAGCUGCUGGAGUGCCCGCUGUGCCUGCUACGCCACACCCGUGACCGCUUCCCGGACAUCAUGACCUGCCACCACCGCUCCUGCAUUGAUUGCCUGCGACAGUACCUGCGCAUCGAGAUCUCUGAGUCACGUGUCAACAUCUGCUGCCCCGAGUGCUCGGAGCGCUUCAACCCCCACGACAUCAGCAUGAUCCUCGGCGACCGCGCCCUCAUGGAGAAGUACGAGGAGUUCAUGCUCAGGCGGUGGCUCGUGGCCGAGCCUGACUGCCGCUGGUGCCCCGCCCCUGACUGUGGGUAUGCAGUCAUCGCGUUCGGCUGUGCCAGCUGCCCGAAAAUCACGUGCGGCCGUGAGGGCUGCGGUACAGAGUUCUGCUACCACUGCAAGCAGCUGUGGCACCCCAACCAGACGUGCGACACGGCACGGCAGCAGCGAGCGCAGAACUUCCGCCUGCGCAGUUUCAGGUCCUCGUCGCUCAGCUACAGCCAAGAGAGUGGAGCCGCGGGGGACGACAUCAAGCCGUGCCCCCGCUGCGCCGCCUGCAUCAUCAAGAUGAACGACGGGAGCUGUAAUCACAUGACCUGCGCCGUCUGCGGCUGCGAGUUCUGCUGGCUCUGCAUGAAGGAGAUCUCUGACCUGCACUAUCUGAGUCCGUCAGGCUGCACCUUCUGGGGGAAGAAGCCCUGGAGCAGAAAGAAGAAGAUCCUGUGGCAGCUCGGCACCUUAGUGGGCGCGCCCGUGGGGAUCGCGCUCAUCGCGGGAAUCGCCUUCCCCGCGAUGAUCAUUGGCAUCCCAGUUUAUGUGGGCAGGAAGAUCCAUAAUCGAUAUGAGGGCAAAGACAUCUCCAAGCACAAGAGGAACCUGGUCAUCGCGGGCGGCGUCACGCUGUCAGUCAUCGUGUCUCCUGCAGUGGCAGCCGUCACUGUCGGCAUCGGUGUCCCUAUCAUGCUGGCUUAUGUCUACGGGGUGGUGCCCAUCUCGCUGUGCCGGAGCGGCGGCUGCGGCGUGUCGGCAGGCAACGGCAAAGGGGUGCGCAUCGAGUUUGACGACGAGAAUGACAACAUGGGUGGCGGCGCCGCAGCUACAGAUACCACCUCAGUGGCCGAGACUAGGCUCAACAAUCCCAGCCUGGGCGACGGCGCCAGCGUAGGCGGCCUGACGGGACUGAGCCUCAGCGUGAGCGGCAGCCACAUGGAGCGCUGCGGCGUCAGCUCGGCCCAGCGUGACAACAUGAGCGACAACGCCAGCACGACGGCCCUCGCCGGUGCCAGCAUCACCGGCAGCCUGUCCGGAAGCUGCUACAACAGGAUGGAAGUGCAGGCUGACGUCCAGAAGGAGCGCUGCAGUCUGAGCGGCGACUCGGCCACCGUGAGCCUCGGGACCAUCAGCGACAACGCCAGCACUAAAGCAAUGGCCGGUUCCAUCCUCAGUGCAUACAUGCCUCUGGAAAGAGACAACAGUCUGGAGCUGGAGUCCAAAGAGGAGAAGGUGAGACACUGCAGCGCCAGCAGCAGCCUGGAUGAAGCCAGCUGCAGCAGCACGACGGGCCUCAAAGGGGCGACUGACGGCCACCCGCCGUCGCCAUGGCCGAAGGAGCCUGCUGUGUCGGCGUGCAAGAAGAGCAAAGGGAAGCUGUGGAAGCGCACCAGUGGCAAAGCAGAAUCCAAAGUGAACCACAUGCAGGGAGACGCGGACGCUCAGCUGUUGGAGCGCCGCAGCACCAACUCCUCCGAGUUCGACUCGCCCUCGCUUAGCGGCAGCCUGCCAUCGGUGGCCGACUCGCACUGCAGCCACUUGUCGUCAGAGCUCAGCUGCUCCGACCCGGAAACCCCCAGACCGGCUCCUCACCCCCUGUGCUCCGACCCUGCGGAGCCUCGCGCCGCCACCGCCGUCACAUUAGGUGAGCCGACCGUCAUCACGCCCAUGCCCGAGGUGGAGCACGACCGCCUGGAGCAGCUCCCGCCUCAGAGGAGCCACUCUGCCUUCAGCCACUGCCACAUGUCCUCAUCGCCGCUUGCCUCCCCCAAGGAAGGCGGGGCGGUUCUCUUCAUCGCUGAAGAGGGUGCAGGCGACGCCGCCAACCCCCAGGGGAACCUCAGCGGAACCAUUCAUGACACCGCCGCACUGCCUGUGAGCCCCACAAGGAGGCGCUGCAUCCAAACUGACAUCUAAAAUGUUGACUUACUCACCAUUAACAGUCUUAAGUGGGAGUCUGGUUACACACCUAGUGGGCUGUUUAGACAGGAAGGAGAAUGUCAGCGUGGAUUGGGGGUGGGGUCAAUGAGUCAGACUGGCGAGAUGUUUCGCAGCGUGGAACUUGAGUAUCAAGGUUUUUUUACGGAGGUCGACUUGAAUGUACGUGCGCAGGUUGAUUUUUACACAUGACUUUUUCCAUGGCCGUGCCCGCCACAGUGCCACACUUCUGAGGGACCAUUCAGUAGCACAUUGCAAGUGAAACUCAGUUUUAUUUGUCUUGUAUCACUUGUGUUUAUUUGUACAAAGUGUCUUGUUUAUUAUUUUCCAUUUUGGGAAAGUUUUUUUUUUUCCCCCCCUCCUCCAUGUUGCAGUCCUGUGUUGGGUCCAAACUUCUUUUUUUUUUUUUAUUUUAAAUCCAAUGUCACAAGGACUCCCAAGAUCUGACAUGCUGCCUUUAUUUUCAUUGUUGCUUUUUAAUGAGCCUGACAAUUUGGGCCAGCUAAAACACAUUUUCGGUUUGAACCUAUGCAAGAACCCAUUAAAGAAAGCACAGAGUUGCUUUUAAAGUAUUUGUUUUAAUUGUCUUUGACUGACCAAAGUUGAAACAAGCAGAGUAGCCAUUGUAUAACUUUUUAGCCAAGAAAAACAUGCAAAACUGGUGUCUUUUACAGUCAUGUUAAUUAUUUAGCUUUGAGUCUCCCUUUGGAAAUACCCAAAUGUCACACCUUUUUUACUAUUACACCCAUUUUGUUUGCUUGCAAAUGUUAUAAAUGCUAAUAAUUGUUUGCCCCUCCUAAGUGCCUUUUGGGGAAAAUACUUUGCAAGGAUUUCCUCUUAUGGAUCCUCUAAAAGAAACCUUUUAAGCCUAUGAAUGCUACAAGAGGAUGACUUUUUUUUUGUUUGUUUUUUAAUUAGACUUGCAUAUAUGAUUCUGAAACACUGGUGCCAGGCCUUUUUUUCCAUUUUCUAACUUGGUCACACAAAAAAAGCAUAUACUUACUAAUUACUGGCUUUGUAACGUGCAUCCAAAUGCAUAUCUUUGAAAUAAUAAAAUUCUCAAAUCAA